CACCCACUGGAUCACUUCCGUUUCAGCAGAGUAGAAGAACAGCCCCAUCAGUCCUUCCAUCCACGAUCAGUGAUUGUUCCCGUGCAGAUCAGCGGCGGUCGUGUCAGUCAGCAAAAUGAACGGUUUGGACGAAGAAUCGUUGGCACCACAGACAUUUUUAUAUGGAUGCACAUUGGAGGCUGGGAAGGAAGUGCUCUUCAGUCCUGAAGAUGAUGAGCUGGAGCAUCAGUUAGAUCUCAAACUGGCUUGUGUUGACCCCAGCACCAAAGACGAGCUUAACAUGGUGGAGGUGGAAGGACAGAACGCAGAGGGGCAGAAAAUCAAGGCAGCUCUGGUGUCACUCAAACCCUCCACCCUUCCAAGUGUGUGUCUCGGCGGGUUCACGAUCACACCCCCAGCAGUGUUCCGUCUGAAGGCGGGUUCCGGUCCGAUCCAUCUGAGCGGACAGCACCUCGUCAUGAUGGAGGCGGAUCAAUCCUUUGAAGAGGAAGACGACGAGGAGGAAGAGGAGGAGGAGGUGAAAACAUCAAAGAAGAGGCCUGCUUCAUCCCCUGCUGCCAAAUCUCAGAAAAAGAUGAAAAUGGACUUGGAUGAUGAUGAAGAUGAAGACGAUGAGGAUGAUGAUGAGGAUGAUGAUGAAGAUGAUGAGGAGAGUGAGGCAGAGGAAUCUCCUGUUAAGGUCAAACAAACUCCAAACAAGCAGAAGGCCCAGACUCAAAACGGAAAGAGUUCUGCGCCCUCCACUCCUGCGACCAAGCAGGACAAGACGCCUAAAGGCAAAGGUGCUAAAUCACCUAAAGCCCAGACUCCUAAACCAAACCUAACUCUGCCUGAGAUCAAGGCCAAGAUUAUGGAGUCUGUAAAGAAGGGCGUGGCGCUUCCUAAAGUCCAGGCCAAGUUUGAAAACUUCAUGAAGCAUGGACAAAAUGUCACAGAUGCUAAGGUGAUUUCAGAGCUGUGGAAGUGGAGACAGACGAUCAAGGAGGAGAAAUAGCCCACUAGAGUUUUAACUAUUUUAUAACUUGUUAAUGUCUGUAACGCCUCGCAAUCCCGUUGAAUUCAGUCUGUGCCUCACCUAAAGUUUUCCUCCACCCGUCCGUCUGUGAAGACUUCAUCUGACAUCUCCAUCUUGUUAAAAGAAAAAAAAACAGCAUUUGACUUAAUAAAGAAAUAACAAGGGAAUGCAAUAUAAUGGAAAUGCAAGUUUUGGGUAAAUUCAUUCCUUUGGUUGUCAGCUGUAAGCCCCUGACCACACCCUUUCUUUCUUCAUUUACCUUUUAAGUUUCUUUUUGUCUACAAAAUAAAGCGUGUUGGAUUAGGCAUCAACACCUGUUUUUAGUCCUACAGUGUGUUGCUAUGGCAACAGUUGGCCCCACAGUCCAAAGGUUUAUAGUGAAGUUUGUGAGGACUUCAUGCAUGAGGAUGCAAGUUUUGUGUAAUGAUUCUAAGAAUGAGCCGUCCCCCCUCAAGGUUAAGCGUAUCCCGCAGUCUUCAGUUUGCAGUUCCUGUCGGUGCAUGAGGCCUGUGGACGAGGACCAUUCUAUGUCGACUGAAUACUGAUGGAAUUAUCAUUUCCGCUUUAUUAAAAAAGGUGAAAAAACAUCUCAAAGUUUAUGCUGGUGAAUUAAUUCACUUUUUAGAACUAUGCUUUGUUUUCAAGUAAAUUCCUCUUUGUUUUGCGUUAAUUUACCAAUAAAAUUUCCUCAAUA